AUGGCUCGCCUCAGUGGCCUGCCGUCGGAACACCACCACGAGGGCCCUGGUGACGCCCCACGACGCAAACGGGGCCGCCCCAGCAAGAACCAGACAUCGUCGCAGAUGUCCCAGUCCCAGUCCCAGUCCCAGUCCCAGUCCCAGGACGUGGCUUCCUCGAGCAAGCGCACUGCCUCGCCGCUAGAGCUGUCACAGACGAAGCGUGCCAAGCGCGUGCAGGACGACGACGAGGACCAGAUUGCCGAAGAGAUCCAGCAGUCGUUCUCGCGCUCACAGCGUGGAGACACUAUCCACGUCGACACGCAGAGCAGCACCUCUACCACCACCCGCCACAAUGGCCGCCGCCAUUCCGAGUUCCCAGCCUCAGUCGCUGUCAUGGACGACGACGACGACGACGAGGAAGACCAUCUUGCACCCGAGUCGGCGCAGGCUUCCAUCGGUGCCGUCAAGCGCGACCACACGACCAUGCGCCGUGUUCGUCACUCGCUGCCCGCCCAGCUUGGUGUGGAGCGUGUCGACGAGGAGAUCGACAACACCCACUUCCAGUACGCCCCCCUCACCGCCGUUCUCGACGGACGCACCCGCCGCCGUCUCCGCCGAAGCCACCUCAGCCAGGAGGUCAACAGCUACGAGGACCACCAGAAGAAGGACAAGAAGCAGAUGCUGCAGCUCCGCGAGCAGCUGCAGGCACAGGACGCCAAGAUCAAGGAUCUAGAGUACCGCUUGGAGGCCAGCCGUCUGGGCAACAUCGACGUGAGCACACCCGAACUGGCGCAGGAGCUCAACGAAGCCCGGGAGGAGCUCAACGCUCUGCGUGCGUCAUCGCUGUACAACGGCAGCGAGCGCGAGGACAGCCGCGAGAUGAGCAUGUUCGACGGUCCCGCAGACAUGUCCGACGACGAGGGCCAGCCAAUGAUGUUGGUCCACCCAGACGAACUCAGCCUCUCUCGCGAUAUCGACCUGAUUGCCGACCCCAAGGGCAAAUACUCCCAGCGUGUCGAGGAGCUCUCCAGCCAGAUGACCUUUGAGACUGUUCAGGAGGUCUCCCAGUUGGUUGAGGAUUCUCUCAUCGAGGACGACACUGCCAUCCCAGACAAGAUCCAGGACCAGGCCGUGGAGCGCUACGAACGGGAGAUCCAACAAUACACCCGCCAGCUCGCUGAGUCGCAGGGUGCUCUUCGCGUUGUCACCAUCGCGCUGCAGAACCUGCGCUUCCUCGAGCACGGCUCCACGAGCAACGAGAUUCUCGUGGAGCUACGCCAUAGCUUUGACGACCUUCGCCUGGAGAUUGAGCGCUUCUUCCCGAACAUGACUAUUGGCCUCACAAACCAGCAGCUUCUAUCCAAGAUUCCCGAGCUCUUCAGGGGUAUCUUCGCCGAGGUCAAGGAGAAGAUCACCCUGUUGAGCACCUCCCAGAAGACGGAGAUGCUGUUGCGCCGACAGUUCGAGGGCGUCCUGGAUCUUCUCGGCGAUUCAGAGGACCGCGUCAAGGAGCUUGAGCAGAAGGAGUACAGCCUCGACAAGAGCAACGAGGAGAAGCAGCGGACCAUCAUGGAUCUCGAGGAGCAGAUCACCACAUUGACCGAGCUGACUCAAGGCCAAGAGACUGAGCUGCGUGACCAGACCGCUCAGAUCGACGGACUCAACAGCGAAGUCGAGGAGAAGGACACCGCACUUGAGCGCCUUCGCGACGCCUCCGAGACCUACCGCAUGGACCUUGAAUCAGUCACGCUGACCGUCACCCGUCUCGAGACCGAGCAUGAACAGACCAUUGCGCGCAUGGAGCAGGAGCACAGUGAGCAGGUCAGUGCUCUUGAGGCAGACCUUACUGUCGAGCAAGAUGCUCGCGAAGCUGCCGAGACGGAUGCUCUGCAGAAAGGCGAGUACAUUGAGGAUCUUGAUCGUCGCAUCGAGAGCCUAGAGGCAGAGGUGGAGAAGCUCACCGAGGAGCUCACCCAGCUCGUUCAGCGACUCACCCAGCAGACUGAAGCCCGCGAAGCUGCAGAAGAGCAACGCGACGAGCAGGCUGAGAUCGCCAACGAGUACGCCAACACCAUUGAGGGACUAAACGAAACCAUCGUCGAUCUUCGUGCACAGAUCACGGAAUUCCAGGACAAUCUGGCCACCGAGCGUGCGCAGCGUGAGAAGACUGAGGCUGCCCUUGAUGACGCGAACGAGAAGAUUGAAGACCUCAACACCGCCGUGCAUAACGCCGGUAUUCAGGCAAACGAGCUUCGCGCCAAGUUGUUCCAGCUGCAACAAGAGAAGCAGCAGCAGAUCGAGGCGCUUGAGGAAGAGUCGCAAGAACGCGAGGAUGCCCUCAACAACCAGAUCGACACCGAGCAGGAGGCGCGCAUCGUUGCGGAGAAGACUGUCGAGAAGCUGAGCAAGCAGAUUGAGGAUCUUGAGGCCAACUUGGCGACUUACGACGUCGAUCUGGUCAACAUGACGGAGGCUCGCCAGCAGCUUGAACAGGACCGUGAGCAGCAGGUCGCCGUCCUCAACCAACAGCUCAUUGAUCUGAGGGCAAAGUACACCGCCCUGGAGAACUCUUCCAACUCCACCAUCGAAUCUCUGCAGGCCAACAUCACCGAUCUCAGCAACCAAGUCCAGCAACAGCAGGUUGAGAUUAAGCGUCUCAACCAGGUGAUUGCUGACAAGGAUGACCUCUACGAGCAGGACACUACCCUGCUCAAGGAGGAGGUCGUCGAGCUCAAGGAUGACCUUGCUGUCGAGCGUGCCGAUAACGAGAAGAACCAGAAGGAGAUUGCGUCUCUCUCCCAGCGAGUCGAAUCCGAAGCCAACGAGCUUCUCUCUAUGAUGAACUCGCACUCCAAGGAGUCCACGGCCCUGCACGCCACCAUAUCCACUCUCGAAGCGACCAUCAAAAACCACCAGUCCAACGCCGCAGAGUUCGCCGCCGAGCACGAAGAGACCGUCACCACUCUCGAGACCGAGAUCGAAGAGCUUAAGGUCAUGGGCACUGCGCAGAUCGAAACCAUCAACACCCUCACGACCCAAAUCGAAGAACUCAAGAAGCGCUUCGCCAAGCAAGAACAAGACACGCGCGAGACCAUUGACGCCCUCACGCUCUCCCACCGCCAACUCCUUGAGCAAAAUGAAGUCCUCGCCGCCGCACUCAAGGCGCGCAACGCCGACACUCUCAAGGCUGUCCAGGACAUGAAGGCCGCGCACGUCGUGGUCAAGGCUCGCGACGUUGAUCUACGAAAGGUCGCCACGGGCAAGAUUGUCAAGACUACGGAAAAGGUCAAGGUCGGCAAGAAGGGCAGCAAGAAGCGCAUGACGACGCGCAAUUGGCGCGAUUCAGGCAUGUUUGAGGAGCAGGAGGAUGACGAUGCGAAGGUUGGUGCGGAUGAAGUUGAUGAGGAUUUCUUGGCUGCAUAG